AUGAUGAGAAAAUUAAUAAAAAAUGGAAGUGUUAUAUCGAAACAUUAUAGAACAUCUGCUAUAAGUAAUAUGAACAGUUGUGAAGAUAUUAAAAAAAUCAAAUCCGAAAAUGAAAUAAAGAAAAUUAUUUUUGAUAAAAGAGAAGAAUAUUUACAAUUAAUGAAGACUCAGUCAGUUGAAUGUAAUGAUUUGUGUAGUGAAAUAAAUAAAUUGGAAUCUAAACUAAGGGAAAAAUAUGGGUUCAGUAAAGAUGAAGAUCUAACAAUGUUUCCCGAAAUCAAAUUUGAAGAACCUAAAAUAGAGAAUCCACUUGAAGAGACCGAAAAUACAAAAAUACAUAACAGUUUAGUACCAAAGCAUGUAUAA